UUGACUUCAAAUGAUACUUCAACUAUUUCUUCCCCUUGUUCUUGCUUCAUUUGCACACAGUGCGUGUCUUGACAGUCGAGAUAAGGAAAUCAAAGGGUUAUGUUUCACGUUCGUGUCCCAACAGUUGACAUUUAAUGAUGCUCGUAAUUGGUGUCAUUACCAAAAUCCAGUCACUUCUUCUUAUUUGGCAUAUGUUCCUGAUCAGUACACCAGCAGUUUUUUGGCCUCUGACGCUCGAACGGCAUUUGAAACAAACAGCGGAAGUUUUUGGAUUGGACUGAGUCGAAACAGUUCUUCAAGUCCAUUCGCUUGGGAUAAUGGAAGUCCAGUGACUUACACAAACUUCGGCACUCAACUCGGUCAAAAUUAUUUGGCUCAAAGCGUGGUGAACACAAAAUGGAAUGCAUUUGGAGAGAACGACAAGAACUUGUUUGUGUGCAGUUAUAGUCCUGUUGCUCCACCAACUUUUUCACCUCCGAGCAUUUCAACAACUCAACAAAUUCCUAUAACUUUCGCACCUCCAUUAGUUUCUACGACUCAAAAAAUUACUCCAGUUAUUUCUACAACUCAGAGAAUGCCAGUUACAGAAGAAAAUUCUUGCAAGCCAACUGAAAAUGGGACAAUACUUUUUGCAUUUUCAAAUGAUUACGGUGCGCAAACUGUGAAAAAAGCGUGGGACGGAUAUCCUUUUAAAGUUACCCCAUGCUCCGGAUAUGCAAUUGCAAGAUUUGAUGUGCGUGUAGAAGAAAGCAUUGUUUAUUUCACGGAUUUUGGAGACGCCCAGUCAUAUGUGUACUCCCAUCUUCCUGAUUCCAAAUUGGGAUUUAGAGACAAAAAGGCAGGGAGUGACGCACUUCAAAUGGUUGAGAAAUUCUACAACAGUAACAAAAUUCCUAUUUGCGGAUCAAUUGUCUUAAUUCUUUUGAAACGUUAUCCAAACGAUUGGGAUAUUUCAAAAACAGUAUCACUUGUGAGACAACAUCAUGGAAUAGUUCAUGCACUUUGUUCCGCUGAUCCAUCAGGCGGAACUCAAUCAAAAGCGAUUCAUAGUCUAACUUCCAAAACGAAUGGACUGUAUAAUAUUGGAAAAGGCAGAGACUUUCAUAACCUAAUUGAUUGGUUUCCUAUGUAUAGUUAUAAGCAUCCAAUUUACUGUGCAAACCCGGUUCUCUCCGGUCAAAAGAUAAUAGAGUUGCCACCAAUGAACGUUCCGUUUUCAACUUAUUACGAAGUGUAUGUAACAGUUCAAGAUCACAUUCCCAUUAGUUCCUUUGUGUCAAUGGAUCUUAUCAUGAAAAACGACAACUACAGUGGCGGUAACUUUCAAGUUUACUCGAAGGAUGUUAGUGGAAUUCUUGCCAGUCAUUCUAAUCAUUUUAGCCCGGUGACUUACAGUAUGCAACUACAAUAUGAGUACAAAAAUUGGGCUGAAGAAGACACUCAAGUCAGGGUAUACAGUGACAGGCUCCCUCCAUAUUGGCUUCCAUACUGUGACUAAGGCAUUUCAAACUCGGCUGAUUGGAAUCUGAUUUAAAAAAAUUCCAAUAAAAAUUAUUUUCGCUCGACAUUAUUUUAUGCAUUGUAUUAACUAAAAUAAACUUAGAAAAAUAGCGAAUUUCAGCAAAAAAAGGAAG